AUGUUUUCGAGUCCUAUCUUCCGUCUUGCCACGUGGCUGGCCGCAGGGUGCUGUCGAGGCAGGGGACAGCUCCUGCUGGUGGUCUUCACAGUUUUGAUCUCCGUCACAGCUUUUAGCUCUCUAUGCCCCGAAAGCAAGCAAGGUUCCUGUGUGACAACGGCUUCGGCGCAGACGGCGUCAAACGCCAGGGCUUCGUACAUGGACCGAUUUAACAUCCCUAGAAAUCACAUCGAUUUGGUCUGGCAUACCCGUGGUUCCCAGUCCCACGUGCGCGACGGAAUUAAGUACCAAUGGCAAGAGCGGAGGCGCAAUGUAGGCGUCUACACUGGCUACUCGGAGAUGUACGACACCUCCUCGCAGAAAUACUGCGAAGGCGUGCAGGCGCGUAUCGACACUGAGCAGACAGUGGGCGCUCGCUACAUGUCGGCAGGCGCUUGUCCGAACUACGGCAAGGUCAUCGCGUUCACAGCUCGGAAUGGUUCAAACCCUGACAUGUCCCGAUGGAAAAACGAAAUCCACGGAGACGUCAUGCCCCAUUCUACUCAAGGGUGCGCCCGGAGCGGGUCGCCGGGAGACGCAGAGGUGCCGAAGGCGACAGAGGGCUUUGCAAUGUAUUCGGGCUACAUGUCCCAGUGCCCGUACAACUCCAACGUUUACCAUCGAGACAUGCUUGAAGACGGGGAGUACGAUCCAGAUGUCUGCAGCUUUGUGACGCACGACAAUCCGCUGCGAUUUCUUGAUGUCACACAGCCACAUGGCGGUCUUUCGUAUACGCCAUAUGCCUUCCACGGGAACGGUGGUCACAUGGGGUACGACUACAAAGGAAAUACCAGUCAUGUCGGCUGCCCGCCAUAUUCGCCUCCGCGGUUGACUGAGCCGAUGAAAAACUCGAGCUGGAUCAGAGGCCCCUUCGACUGCAGCCGCCUGAGUCGCUGCACGACUCACUGCUGGCCCUACAGGGGCGGCAGCCGUUGUUUCCGAAGCUUGCCUGCCAUCUACGACUUCACCACUGGCGAGUGCCGUCUUCUGGGCUACCACACCCAAGAUUUCCGCAAGGCGGACUGCGCGGAGUCGGAAACCAACGACGUGACAGCGUUCUACUGUGUCCGCUCCGUGAAGGCCUCCUCCACGUCUCAUCUGGCGUACAUCAGCUCUCAUACGCGACCCGACUACGAAGUCAAAUGCCCCCCCAGAGAACCUCUGAGGAAAGUUAGGUGGGGUAUUUUGUCGGGGCCGACCCACUGCAAGCCCCUCAUCGUAGUGAACACGGCUUCCAAUGUGACCGCCGAGCAGUGCGGGCAGAAAUUGUUCGAGGAAAGUAGCAGCGACGACCCCUACACGAGCUCUCAAGUCCGUGGCUAUCACUGGGCGACUUUCAUUUCGACAGACUGCCCAGACAUGAGCAGGGGAUGCGCCGCGACGGCCAAGGGUACAUGCGAGUUUCACGCUCAAGUGCCCGAGUGUUUCAUCAUUUCGCCAGAGUCUAUUUCCUUCACAUCCCUCACCGCGGUCGACCCCACGCUCGGCAUCGAUCCGGAUACAUCUGCAGUGCUCCCAGAAGAUAAGUGCGUGGCUGUCAAAUGCAGUCAUGGGAGAUGCGACAAAACGACGGGUCAGUGCAUUUGUGACGCUGGCUUCGAAGGGCCGCUGUGCGACAAGGUCGAUGUCUGCGCGAACAACAAGUGCUCAGGCCACGGAACCUGCAACUCGGACACUGGGGCGUGUGAGUGCGAAGAGGGGUACAGUGGAGACAAGUGUGACCGCAAAGACCCGUGCUUCGAAAACAACUGCUCGGGGCACGGUACCUGCAAUUCGAGCGACGGGAAAUGCGUGUGUGACGCGUGCUACACGGGUUCGUCUUGCGUGGACAGGAUUGAAGGCUGCUGCGCUUUCGAGGAGGACUGCGGCAGGAACAUGACAUGCGUCUCAGGCACAUGCACGUGCAAGGAAGGCUGGGGGGGUCCGCAGUGCAGCGUCAAAGACCUCUGCGCAGGCGUGACGUGCGGCGCGAACAAGACCUGCGACGCGGUGACAGGAGCGUGCGUCUGCAAGGACAUCUGCAUGGGCGGUCCCAACUGCGAUACGCUGAGUCCGACGUGUUGCGCGGACAACGCAGUGUGCACCCAGCCUCAGGGAUGGUGCGAUAUGGACCAGCACAAAUGCGUUUGCCGCCCGGGGUUCGCCGGCAAUAAGUGCGAGCUGAAGGAAGACCUAUGCAGGGGCGUCACAUGCUUGAAUGGCGGCGCGUGCGACCCCGCGACGGGGCAGUGUCAGUGCGACGCCUGUCAUGCAGGCAUCCGGUGCCAGAUCGCAAAGCCCCACUGUUGCCUUGCAGAGGGCGACUGCGGCGCUCACGGCACCUGCAACCCGAAAACCAACGCGUGUGAAUGCAAAGCAGGGUUCGCCGGCAUCAAGUGCUCAAGCGCUGAAGAUAAGUGCAAGGGCAAGGUCUGCACGACCGGAUACUGCGACCCCGCCACGGGCGCCUGCGUGUGCGAUGCAUGCCACACUGGCGCCUCCUGCGAGAAGAAGGUGGAGGAGUGCUGUGUGACGAACCAGGACUGCUCAUAUCCGAACGGCACUUGCGCCGGAAAUCACAAAUGCAAAUGCCAACAAGGGUGGAGCUCGCCCAACUGCAGCACCACGGUGGACAAGUGCAAAGACGUAAAGUGUGAGAAUGGCUCCGUUUGCCAGCCCGAAACAGGCGUGUGUAUGUGUCUCGCUGGAUUCGGCGACGAGUUCUGUGAGACAUGUGGUGUGAGCGGCUGCAAAAACGGUGGCAAAUGCCAGGCGAACGGCACUUGCUCCUGCCCCAAAGGCUUUGGCGGCGCCGACUGCGACGGAGCCUGCCCGGCCGCCGGCGGCAACUGUGAGAAUGGCGGCUCCUGCGAUGUGGCCGCGGGGAAGUGCGUCUGCCUCGAGGGCUUCACUGGCGAGCGAUGCGAAGAAGCUGCCGGCCUCUACUCCUGCGCAGAAUGGUGCAAACACCCUCGUCUGCUUGCGGAGGCUGAAUGCAGUCCGCCGCAGGACUGCCCCAGCGUCUGCUGCGACGUCAUGAAGCAGUGCGCCAAGCACCACAAAGCCGACGCUCCGCAGGCCGAGUGGCAGGAGUGCUUCGAACAGGGAAUGGACGGCAGAGAAGCAGGAUGCUGCUACGCAAAGGUCGAGCUGGGGAGCAACCUCGCCAUCUACUUGGCCGUUGGCGGUGUGGUGUUGCUUCUGCUAGCCGGCGGUAUGGCGUACGCGAUGACCAGAGGCAAGGCAGCCACUGGGGACGGUUCGGCAUCUGUGGACUUUGGAGUUGAAGAAGGCGGCGCCGGUCAGGAAGUAGGAGAUGAGGAAGCCAUCGAAGUCGAUCUCGAUGACUUUAAGUCACACCCAGACGACGAAGUGGAUCUCGGCACCGACGGCAAGCGUAAGUUACCUCUUGGAGGGCAGGGUGACGGCCGCGAUACAGCUUUGGUGGACAAACAGUCAGCCUGA